GGCCCCACUUACCUGUGAGGCCAGGCCGGUGGCGGUGGCAGGAGGAGCGGGGCGGGCCUGCCUGCCUGGCGGUCCAGCUGUCCACACGGCCCCUCGCUGGGGCCUGCUGCAUGGCGCCCGGCGGCACUAAGGCGGCGGGCAGGAAACCCAAGCUGAGAGGACAUCAAUCAUUCAUGGGGCUGCUCGCCGGGAAACCCUAACCCCGGCCCAGCAGGGCCAAGUGAUCAGGCAGACCCCCCAGCCCUGUCAGGGCCAGAUGCCUGAACCCCCUCCUCGCCCUGGGCCCCUCCAGCCCAGCACAGGCUCAAGGAUCCCCAGGGGCCACCUCCUCUGACAUCACCCCCUGCCCUCAGUCUGGCAUUGGAGGCCUCUGUGAUCUGGCCUCUCUUCCUCAAUUUCACUUGCUCUGGCCAGGAUGUCACCCCACGGGGGGCCCCAGUAGGUGACUCGUCCUUCCCCCUUCCCAGCCUUUGCCCACAUGCUUCCUCCUGCCUGAAAUGCCCUCCCUGGCCCCCGCUCUGCUUGGCUGGUCCUCUGCCCAUGGCACACCGCCGGCAGGUCCUCCCACCUCGGCAGUCUUCUCCCCAUUUUAUGCACAAGGGAACGGACUUGGAGGGGUGACUCUGCUGGCUCUCCCAAGCCAGUAUGUGGCAGAGCUCAGUCUGAAGCUCAUGGCAGCCACCGCGUCCUGGUGCCCCUUGCUGCUGACUGAGGACAGUUCUCUUGACCCAUCUGGCUCUGCCCAGGAUACCCAGGGCAGAGGGCUGGGAUUAGGGCCCAGGCUGCCUACCUCACUUACCCUAAUCCCCCUCCGAGCCCGAUCCCAGGCCAUCAGCGUUAAGAGUGGGGGUGCAUAAGCAGCUUUGUGGGGCCCGAGAGCUGAGGGUGCUUGGGGUGCGGCAUCUCUGAGCCCUGCUGUCCCUCCCACAUGGCCACAGAGCAGGCAAGGGGGCAGCGUGGACCAGACCCGGCCACCGGCCCCCAGGAGCCCCCUGCAGGGGCUGUGGCUCCCAGGAGUGGUCCCGAGGAGCCCCCCUUGACCAAGAGGAGGAGCAAGAGGGAGAGGGGGCUCCGAGGGUCCCGGAAGGGCACCGGCAGCUCUGCGGAGCAGACCCCUGUCCAGGGCCCCAAGGCUGGGGGCAGCAGCAAGAACCCCUCCAAGACGGGAGAGGGGCAGGCAGGGCCCCCCGCCGAAGCCCCUGGGCCAGCCCCUCGUCGCCAGUCCCACCGGCACCGUCCUGACCCCCAGCGCGAUGCUGCUCACAGGACAUACGGGCCCCUGCUUGACCGAAUCUUCGGGAAGGACCGUGAGCUGGCCCCCGAGGAGCUGGAUGAGCUUCAGGCUGCCUUCGAGGAGUUCGACACUGACCGGGACGGCUACAUCGGCUACCGGGACCUGGGCGACUGCAUGCGGACCCUGGGCUACAUGCCCACCGAGAUGGAGCUGCUGGAGGUCUCCCAGCACGUCAAGAUGCGCAUGGGUGGCCGUGUGGACUUCGAGGAGUUCGUGGAACUGAUAAGCCCGAAGCUGAGGGAGGAGACGGCGCACAUGCUCGGGGUGCGAGAGCUGCGCAUCGCCUUCCGAGAGUUUGACAGGGACAGGGAUGGACGAAUCACAGUGGCGGAGCUGCGGCAGGCAGCACCGGCUCUGCUGGGGGAGCCGUUGGCGGGUCCUGAGCUGGAUGAGAUGCUCCGGGAAGUGGACCUCAACGGGGACGGCACUGUAGACUUUGACGAGUUCGUGAUGAUGCUGUCCACCCGCUGAGGCUGCAGGAGGGGGGACCCGUUGCCCCUGGGGCCCUGGACCCCAGCAGGAGCGAGGGUGCACACCCUCCCCCAAGAGGUUCCAGGAUGGAAGAGACCCAGCAGCCUCCAGACUUCUAACACCUGGUAACACCUGGCUACACCUGGCCUGAGAGUCUGCUUGUAUGCCACCCGCCCACCUGCAUCCUCACCUCCCCUCCUCGAGCUGCCAGGAGAACACCCGCUCGCCACUGCCCGCCAUGCCCCACGGGAGCAAGAUUAGGUCUCUCCAGACCCUCGGAGGUAGGGAGUUUCCUGGCGCUGGCAGCUUCAAAGCUGGGCAGUGUUAAAGGGAUCCCCAGUAACAUAGGGAAUUGAGAGGGUGGCCAGACCCCUCCCACCUCUUAGGUGUAUAGAAUGAUUUUUUUUUUAAAGUUAAUUUGAAAGAAAGCAAUGACCCCAGGGACCAAAGAGAAAUCAAAGCUGGGGUUGUAGGAGGGAGCUGACCCUGUGGUUUCAGACUCGGACAGAGGCUUGGGCACCUGGCCUCUGACACCCACACGUGCCAGAAGACCCGUGUGAGUCUGGAGAGCAAGAAAUGAACCUCCUGGGAACAUCCCCGGUCUCAAAGGGCUAUCCUGUUCUUGAAACAGGGAUUAAAAUAUAUCCUCCCUGACCAGCCCCUCUCGGGGCCUUCAGUUCCCCUGGAGAACCUGCCUAUAUAUAUCGCAAGUGGGAGUGCGGUCUAUCUCCGGGGUGUGACAAGCUAAAAAAAAAAAAAAAAGCUGCUGAGAAGGGGCACUCUUUCAACCCUCGUGGACACAUGAAACUUCUAAAAACACAAACAAAAAACCCUGCUGCUCCCAGAGGUGAACUCAUGCUAAAAAUUACAGGUUAAACGAGGAAACAAACCACCACGAGGAGGCUAGAGGGAUGCAAAAACAGGAGAUUUGGCGUCUCAAAUCGUAAAUAAUAGAACUAAAAGAGACCCCAAAAUAGAUGCAAAAAAAGAAAAAAAGCAAUAAAAGAAGGAAGAGAGAGUAAUAUCAUAGUAUGAAAAUAGAACGGGAAGAUUUUAAAAAUAACCCAAACAGCACUUCUAGAAAUAAAGUCUAGCCAUUAGAAUGAAAAAGUAAAUGGAUGAGUUAAAACAACAGAUCAAACACAAAUUUAAAAGAUUAAUGAACUGGAAGCUGUAUCUGAGAGAUUCCCCUAUAAUGUAGCACUGAGACACAAAAAGAUGGAAAGUGCUGAAGGGUGGUUAAAGUCAUUGAGAGCCUCGGAAGGCAGAAACAUAGAGAUUGGGCAUGAGGCUAUAAUUAAAGAGAUGGUGGCUGAAAAAUUUCCACAAAGACUUCCAGAAGCAGUAAGUGCCCAGAUUGAAGGAGCAAACUGAAGCCUGGAUAAAAUAAAUAAAAAUCAAUGUAUAUCUAGAUACAUCCCAGUGAAGCUGCAGGAUACAAAACUAAAAUCUCAAGAGAGAAGUCAGAUUGCUCACCAAACAUUUUUCAUUGGCAACAAUAGAUGCCAGAAAACAAUGGAUAAAUUGUUCAAUAUGCAGAGAAAAAAUAAUUGUCAGCCAGGAAACCCAGAUCUAGUUCAAUCAUCAUUCAAGGAUGAAGGUGAGGCCGGGCCCGGUGGCUCAUGCCUGUAAUCCUAGCUCUCUGGGAGGC